AGUUGGGUCCUCCCAAUAAGUGUUCGGUAAUUUUAGAUGAUAUUGGGGGACAUUCUGAGGGAAGUCGGUUCCUCCCAAUAAGUGUUCGGGAAUUUUAGGUGAUAUUGAGGGGCAAUCUGAGGGAGUUGGGUCCUCUAAAUAAGUGUUCGGUAAUUUUAGAUGAUAUUGGGGGGAAUUAUUAAGGAAGUUGGGUCCUUCCAAUAAUUAUUGGGGGGCAUUUUGAGGGAAGUCGGUUCCUUCCACUAAGUGUUCGGUAAUUUUAGGUGAUAUUGGGGGACAUUCUGAGGGAAGUCGGUUCCACCCAAUAAGUGUUCGGGAAUUUUAGGUGAUAUUGAGGGGGCAUUCUGAGGAAAGUCGGUUCCUCCCAAUAAGUGUUCGGUAAUUUUAGAUGAUAUUGGGGGACAUUCUGAGGGAAGUCGGUUCCUCCCAAUAAGUGUUCGGUAAUUAAAGGUGAUACUGAGGGGCAUUUUGAGGGAAGUCGGUUCCUCCCAAUAAGUGUGCAUAGACCUAAAUAUUCCCACGCACUCCGAUAUUACCACAAAAACAAAUGGUUCAAUUUGAAAAAUGCAUUCCAGCACAAGAAAAAGUAUUUAUACAUUGGACGAGCAAUAAUCAAUUUAUGUUAAAUAUACCCACUGUAAGGACUGUUCAAUUUAUAAAACGGACAACUUGCUUGUGCGAUAUCUUUUUUUUAUUUUUCAAUAAAAUCAUUAUCAGUUUUUUGCAUAACUUUCUAUAGCUACUCUCAAAUGUAGGAAAAAUAUAACAUUAAGCAAAAUGUUCUUUAUUGUGUAACUGAAGCGAUUUUCGUAAAACAUCAAUAAAAACCCAUUUCUCAAAAUUCGACAUAACUUUCCACAUACUUAACAUGCACAUUUUCAUGAAGUUUUUAAUGUAUUGGAAUCUUAUACUAUUCUACUAAAGGUAAAGUUCAAUAGUUGGUCAGUAAUAAUGCACCAAGCAUUCUCCAGCUUGAUAUAGCGAGUUGCCUUGUUUUCAUAGAAAUUAUUAAAAAAUGUUCAUUUAGGUCCUGUGUUGCAAUAGCAUCACGGAUUCGGCUAAAAAUUUGUCCAGAGUAGUAGAAUAUUGCUCUCUGAAUGAUACAGAAGAGAAAUUUACUUUUCAUUGCAUUUUUCAUUAAAAAUUUAUUUCUUAAAGAUGGUCAUAUUGAAAAAUUCCAUACUUUUUGCUCCAUUAAUGCAGAUUUUCCACUCUAGCGAAUCUUGUUAUUAUUUAUUUUCAACAAAGUUGGUCCUAUGUUAUUGUACACCUUAUUUAAUAAUAAUCGGGUGCAAAGUUUUUAUUUCCAACAUCAUUGUUAUGCAAAAUUUGCAUUAGAUUGCACGGUUAUUUGAAAGAACCUUCAGAGAACGAAACUGUUUUGAUUACUGUGUCUGUAAUGGCGCACUGUAAUUAAACCAGCAAUGCUAUUAAGACGCAGUUUUCUGCAUUUAAAACCGCAUUAUUCCCACUUUUGACUGGAUGCAUAAAAAAAUGAUUAUUUAAUAAUGGCAUGCCCUUUUUGCUUUACAAUUGAAUUUUAUUCAAAAAAUCGAAUCUCACUUGAGACUUUAAUAUCUCAACAUUUAAUUCUCCAAUUGAGUUUAAUUCUGCCAUAAUGUUUAUUACUCAUGCUGCUGCUUUUUUGGAAUUAAAGACGAUAUACCAUAUGUGAACAGUAAUUUUAUAUAUAUUUUCAAUUUUCAGCAAUCGAAAAAUUCACCUCAUUUAACACUUGACCGAUUUUCUAUAAAAUAAAACUAUUUUUAUUUUUUUCAGAAAUGAUUACCAUAAUGGAAGAUGACGUACUGAACAACGAAACAAAAGGGUGGUUAAAUUUGAACUACGCGUCUUCUUUUUAUAGCCUUGUAAAGUUGUCCGUUUUAUAAAUUGAACAGUCCUUAGACAAAAAUCAAUUACAUGAUAGACACAGGCUCACAACUAAACAUAUUAAGAUGGGAUGCAGCCCCUAGAAUCGGAGCAACAGACAUAGAUUAUUCUGAAUCUGAAAAGUCAUUGAUUUCGGGAUUCAAUGAAAGUCAAACAAGAACGCUCGGAUCUACUGAAGUUAGUUUAAUAAUUAAGAAGUCUAAGUAUAAGAUAAAAUUUUAUUUAGUUCACCACUUAAAUGUACAUGGUAUCAUAGGAGCAGAAUUUUUGAAACAGCAUACAUUAUUAGCGUGGUUCAAAAAAUCGUUUUUGCUCCACACCGCUUAUUCGAUUCCUAACCAGAUUGUAUGCCUUCUCACAAAAUUUGAGCUCAUUUGGUUGAAAACUGAGACUGCACAAGCCCGUCAAAGUUUGUAUGGGAAUUACUAUGGGAAAACGAUGUUUUUCAUUCAAUCGACCGUAGCAUUUCCACAAGUGCCCUAUUGGGUUAGUCGACCCUUGGUAAUACUAGGCUACUCCAUCAGCUACAACAUUGCCGAAGACCGCACUCAAAUCGGACGCCUCAUUAAUUAGUUAUCGAUUUUUAUCCAACUGGGCAAACUUUAGCUAUGAUCCUCCAGCUUCCCAGCAGGCAACAUUGCUGCAUAUGGCGCCAAAGAUAGCACACUGAAAUCAUGGCUACUAUGUUCCACUGCAGAAUGCAGUGAUGCCCACCGAAUAGUUUAACCAUCAUGAGUAAAGAUUUAGAUUCUGGAUAAAAAUUGGUAACUAAUUGAUGAGGCGUCCGAUUUGAAUGCGGUCUUCGGCAAAGUUGUAGCUGAUAAAGUAGCCUAGGAUUACCAAGGGUCGACUAACCCACUAGGGCACUUGGGGGAAUGCUACGGUUGAUUGAAUGAAAAACAUCGUUUUCCCAUAGUAAUUCCCAUACAAACUUUGACGGGCUUGUGCAGUCCCAAUUUUCAACCAAAUGAGCUCAAAUUUUGUGAGAAGGCAUAUAAUCUGGUUAGGAAUUGAAUAAGCGGUGUGGAGCAAAAACGAUUUUUUGAACCACGCUAAUACAUUAUAUACAGGGUGUUGGGUUCCUUACCCAGAAUAUUUCAGGGGGUGAUUAAGGAUGAUAUUUGAUGAAAAAAAUUGUUCUACGCAUAUGGUCAAAUCUCAACCAUUACGGAGUUAUAUAACUUUUCACGAUUUUGACAAUGCUUUUAAUAAAACGACAAUAACAUGAAAACGGUUUAACUUAUUCAAGAUCUCUCAGCACCAUUCGAAAGAUUAUGAAAUUUUCUAUUGAACGUCAUCUUCGAACAUGCAAGUUUUUGUUACUUACUCACUUUUUAAGAGCAAAUAAGUGAAAAGUAAGUGAAUUUUUAACUGUUUUUGUCGAUUUACUCUAAAAAAUGCGUAAUUAACUUAUUUUUUCGUUAGACAAAGUUGAGCGCCUUGAAAUGCUCUACAAUUCGUUUUUUGACACCAAACUCCUAGCUCUUGUCAUUUCCCUGCAAUUUUAAUUUGAAUGCACAGUUUUGCAUCAUAAAUUUGCUUCAGCAAGUGCAUCAGAAUUUAGCUCUCUUGACCCCACUGUGACAGCGAAACUAGCGUCAUGUUUACUUCGCGCACACGGCUACUUGAUUCCCCGCGCCGAACAACAACAGCAUGGCGCGCUGGCGCAUGAGUGAAAAGAACGACGCCGCUGUGUGUUCGGCAAGAUGUUCAGUUGAAUUAGUUGAAUGAUUUUUGUAGUCCCGAUGAUUCUGGAAAGCUCAUGAUAAUUUCGGACGAGUGUUGGAUUUUGGUAGACAGUAACUGAGAGACUUGGUUAGGCUGUGUUAUUAUUCCAGCAUUCUCUUGGAGGAUGAGGAACAUCAGAAUAAAACUGUUGUUGUCAAUACCUGGAGGUUCGCGAUGAUGUUAAUAGUGAGCUGGUGAUCCCGGAAGGAACCUUGUUAGCUAUAAAGUAACUUUAUUCCAGCUUUGAGCGCAUAGUACAGCACAAUCUUCGUCGGUCUUGGACGCUGUUGCUCCUGUUUCCCCGAACAAAUUCUCAGGUCUUUUUCAACCACGUGUAGCCAGCACGUUCGCAGACCUCUAUGUGGUCACCGACCAUUACCUUUCAUGCUGAAUAUUGUUUUCGUUAUUAUUCUUUCUUUUGACAUUCUCACUACAUGCCCAGCCCACUGAAGUCUGCCGUAAUUUAUUCGUUUCACAAUACUCUUUUUUGCUGAAGUAGGUUGAUCUUGAUCGAAGUUGCUGCUUCCUGCUCUUACUCAUUCGUCAAACAAAUAGGUAAGAGCAGGAUGUAGCAUCUUUGAUCAUGUUCAAUCUAUCUCAUUAAACUUUCUUCGAAUUUCGACUGUUGGUGAUUAUGUUGGAAGGGGAAUGGCGUUCAGUCUUUGGAGGAAUAACUCAAAAACGGAUUUUUAAGCUUUCAUCCGACGUUUCGGUCGCUAUAUUGCGCCUUCUUCUGGGAAUUAACUAUGCUCCGUUUUGUCGUAAAAGUAAAGAGUAAAAGUGGCGCCAAAACGGGCAACUGCAUCGCUGUUCUGCGACCCGGAUAGUUUUUUCGGAUAUUUUUCGGAUAUUUUAUCCCAUCCAUCCGCCGGCGGCGGCAGACGAUACGUUACGUCUGGGACAAAUGUGGCCUAUGUAGUAUUACAAAUCAAAUCCUCAUGGUUCAAAUCAAUCUUCAAAUUUCCAGUACUUGCCAGCACUGUACUCGUCAUUCACAUUUGUUAAAGUCUGUUUGUCAUAAAUUACAUCACAGCCAAAUUGCUUCCUAGAAGAUCUCCGGAAACCUUCCAUAAAAUAUGCAUAAUAAAUAGCGACCCUCAGUCAGCUGUUUAACGUUUACCAAACUGUGCAGUUAAAACAUUCUCACUUCCUUUAUUUUGAGACCUUCGUAAUUUCACUUUCAGUCAACCGUCCAAAGAGUUCGCAUGUUCUCUCGUGAACUAAAACUAUCCGAAGUUCCGAUGCCUGAUACCAAAUGGCGACCGUGACAGUGAGUGAUAACGAACAGUAGAAGAAACAACAGUGAUAACGAACAGUUGAACAGUGAAAGCAACGAAGCAACGGCAGUGAUAACAAACUUUAGAAGCCUCACAGUGUUGGUGAAGUGCCAGAAAAUCAGCGCCAGAAUAAUGGGUUGGUUCACAUCGGAUAAUUUUGUGACCAACAAUGUCGCGAUCCCGACAACGGAAUUAAGAAUAGCCGUCGGUGCGGUAGUUACGGUAGUGGUAAUUGUAGUAAUUUACCUACUACUCAGAGUGUACAAUAAGUACCAGAAAAAAGGGAUGCAAAACUCGAUACGUCGAGAAAUACAAUUGAACAAUGUAAGAACGGACAAUACAGGUGCAAACAAUUAAAGUGUCUUACUGUGGAACGACCAAAUCAAAAACAAUUAUGUGCAAGCAACGGUGCGGAAAAGGAAAUAAUCAAUACCAAUAAUCAGAAGAAGACAGUGCGCAGUGCUUAUUUACAAGGCUUCGACCUUGAUGGCCAAUUUGUGCUAACGGACACGAAACGAAACGUGAGCUGAACUGAAGAAAAGUGCAAAAAUCGUAAAACGUCGAAACUUUAUGUGAAGAACAUCAAUUCGAAGAAUGUGAAGACAUCAAUACGGUGCGGAGAGUGAUAAGUAGACCAAAACCUACAGACGCCAUGGUAAGCAGAGAUAUACAGCUGUGAUCCAGGAAAUCGUGAAACCAAGGAGGAGCCAAACAUCACAGAUAAGUAAAAAGCAAAUGUAGAAUCACAACCUUUAUAAACAAUUAUAAUAAUUUUCUUAUAUGAUUAUAUACAAAAAAAAAAUUCAAUAAUUCCACUACAUAACAAUGAGUAAUGCCGUACGAAACUUACAUUCUUAAUUUGGAUAAACUAUUAAGAAUCGAACAAAACAUAAGAAAAUCAAUUAACAAAAAUACCAAACCUGAUACGUUACAAAGUAAUUUAGUGACAGCUCGUUUUUUAUUCCAAGAACUAGAAAAAGAGCUUAUAGAAAGGCAAGACGAAUUUGCCGAUACACAACUUUUUACGUAUAUUAAGAAGGCUAGAAACGCAAUAGGUUAUAUUGAACAGACUUGCAAAAGCAAGAUAGUAAAGAUACCCAUUCCUCACAAUCAAAAUCACACAAAUAUGGCUUUCGAUGCGAGAUUAGCCGCCUCGAUACUAUUACCAUUCGAUGGGGACAGUGAAAAACUGUCCAGUUUCAAAGACAGUGUAAAAUUUCUAAAAACAGCAACAGAAGCGGCAAAUCACCCAACACUCAAACUUUUCAUAAUAACCAGAAUCUCAGGCAAGGCACGCGAUGCAUUGCCUUCCGACAUCGACGAUAAGUCGAUCGACGAAAUCAUUGAACAAGUAAGCAAAAGUUGCGAAAGCAAGAUAACCUCAGAGCAGGUACUUGCCAAACUAAAGACUAUAAAAAAGGGGACAGCAAAACAACAAUACUGCGAAGAAGUUGAAUCGCCUUGCAGUCAGUUGUCCAGAGCAUACAUUAAAGAAGGCAUCCCACAAGGGAUAGCCAAGAAAAUAGCUACGAAAGCAGGCGUGGAAACGCUGAUUAAAACCGUUUCCGCAGAAAAUGCGAAAAUCGUACUACAAGCGGGUUCGUUCCCAACAAUCGAACAAGCUAUCCAAAAACUUAAUGAGCUACCUGACAAUACCGAAAGCAAUGAUGUCACCCGUGUUUUCAAUGUAAACACAAAUCAAAAGCGAUUCCAAAAUUUUAACCAGAGUCAGCAAAGAAACUGGAGAAGAGGUGCAAAUAAUAAUAAUAACACUUUUACACGCCGUGGCCCCCAUUCGUAUAAUCAACGUUUCAAUUAUGCACCACGCUUCGACAAUCGACCGCAUAACGGUGCAACAAACUGCCCAUUGUAAAAAGGCAGUUUGUUACAAGUUGGCAUAUUUGAUUAAAAGCAGUAGUUGAGUGUUUUUGAGUGUCCAAAUUUACUUUGGACCAAUCAAUUAGAAUUGAAUCGAUUUGGCCUAGAUCCACUCGCCACUGCGAGCAUAACAAGCCACAUAUAGCCCUGACUUUGAAUAUUUUUCAAGUUCAAGGGGAGAAAACUUUGCAUACACCAUAUGCGACAAUAUUUAUAAACACUCUUCCUCUAGAACAACCACCGAUAGUAUGGCGUUUAGCUGAGAGUUGUUUAUGUUUGGAGAAAUAUCGAUCGGACGCGCGAUCAAAACGCAAUGCGUGUUGCAAGCGACAGUCCGUCUUGGGUUUUCUUUUUGUUCUUCCAUUUAGAACAGAUUACCCCUUAUGGAACAUGGCAUAUGUUUCGAUAGAUGGAGAUAGGAAUCCAUUCAAUGAUUCAUACAAGGCAUAGAUUCAGCCACUUAUUCAAGGCGAGAGCCUGGGGUAAGGAACAAUCGAUCCAACUGUGAUUAUGAGUAUUCGUACUACAGGGGUUCUCGAACGAAUUUGAGUACGAGACAUUUUCUUCAUACAUUUGAGUACGAAUCAAUCAAUUGGGAAAACUUCAUUUUUAUCACGAAUUAGAUCUUAUCCCCACCACUUUAUAUUGAUAGUGUGUAAAAAUUUUAUUUAUGGGAAAGGGGUGCAAAUUUGGAAUAUCAUACCCCCUCACCAUAUUUCGAAUAAAUAUUUCCGAAGGUGAACCGAUCUCUCCCCACCACUCUUUAGGGAUAUUUUGUAGGAUCCGUAUUAUCCCGAUCAAGAAUAAUCGUGGAUCCGAUCUCUCUCUUUCAUUCGUCACGGAUAAAAAAUCCGAAGUUGAACCGAUCUCUCCCCACCACCCUUUAGGGAUAUUUUGUAGGAUCCGUAGUAUCCCGAUCCAGACCGAUCGUGGAUCCGAUCUCUCCCUUCCAUUCAUCACGGAUAAAUAUUCCGAAGUUGAACGAAUAUGGAUCCGAUCUCUCUCUUUCAUUCGUCACGGAUAAAAAGUCCGAAGUUGAACCGAACUCUCCCCACCACUCUUUAGGGAUAUUCUGUGGGACCAGUAUCCCGAUCGAGACCGAUCGUGGAUCCGAUCUCUCCCUUCCAUUUAUCACGGAUAAAUAUUCCGAAAUUGAACGAAUAUGGAUCCGAUCUCUCUCUUUCAUUCGUCACGGAUAAAAAGUCCGAAGUUGAACCGAACUCUCCCCACCACUCUUUAGGGAUAUUCUGUGGGACCCGUAUCCCGAUCGAGACCGAUCGUGGAUCCGAUCUCUCCCUUCCAUUUAUCACGGAUAAAUAUUCCGAAGUUGAACGAAUAUGAACCCGAUCUCUCCCUUCCAUUCAUCACGGAUAAAUAUUCCGAAGUUGAACGAAUAUGAACCCGAUCUCUCCCUU